CCUAAAAAUAACAAUAGUUUUCGAAGGAGCCUUUUAUACCUAGAGAUGUCACAGGUCCUCUUCCGGAGAACCGCUGGUUUUGAACGGCUACUGUUUCUACAGUAGCCCAGAACGGACAAACUAAACACCGGCUUUAAUCCUUUAACAUUUUAGACACGGUUCUUGCCACUGUAGUGUUUCUCCUUAAUGCUAGGAGAGCAUGACACAGGGAGAUUGGGUCUGAAGCACACAUUGUGACUGAGAAUUCAUGAAAAGCAACCGCUGAAAUCACAAUAAAUGGUCAACAUAGAGUUAGAUUAAUGGUCGAAGGAGGUCAAAAUAAAUGCUUUGAAUACUAAUCUGAAAGUACAAAUGCUUCAUGUAAGAUAAGAAACUUAAUACAAGACAAGUAAAGACUCAUAAAUAAGAAAUAAAUAGGAAGUCAUGAAGUCAUGCUGCUGUUAAAGAGUGACAGCUGUUGGAAUGAAGGACUUGUGGUAGAUCGAUGAAGGAGCUGUUUAAGGCCUCCACAGUGUGAUGCAGGAGGUGAGAGGAGGAGUUCAUGAUGGAUGUCAGCUCUGCUAAAGUGUAGUGAACAAAGUAAUAGUCGGACAAAUGCAAAACUGACCAAAUCUUUUAAACAAACUAUGUUUUAUAUCAGUCAUCUGUCUUAAAACAACGUCCGCUUCAUUAUUGCUUGAAAUAAAGACAUUUGGAACAUGAAGGAUGGUGCUGAUGAAGGUGUAAACAUCUGGAUUCACUGCUUUACACAAGAAAAUAGACACGAUCAAGAAAAUACACGGAAAGACUUUUAACCUGAAUCAGUGUUUAUUGAUCAGAGGUUGACUCAUUUCUUCUCAGUUGACCUGCUGGUUUAACAGCUCACCUCAUGUCUCAAUAUUUCCUGAGAACUUCAUUUUCAAGUCUGAGUCUCAACAGUGACACCUAGUGGCCAGACUUUCUCACAUAGCCUGAAUUAAACUCCAAACUAUCAGUGACAUGGAAACUUCUCUGCACUGUGUGCUUUUAUUUGGCGUUUUUUCAGAAAUGUCUCUUUUUCCACAUGGAAAUGACUGUAAGUGACUCUUAACUCCCUUUUAAAGUCUCUCUUGCAGUCAGGUGCUGGGUGGUAUAGUCUCGUGUGUGGUGUCACCUGCACUGACUCUUUAGGAAUGUAACAUCCACCUAAUGUUUAUGGUGGCUCCUCUUCUUUGUCUCUUCCCUGAGGCAUGGGAGAAGCCCGGGGCUCGAGUCAACACAUGUAAAGCAGGAAAAGCCCCCUUUUCUUUUUAAAUGAGUCUUGAUUAAGUGUAAAUAACUCCCAACACGGUUCGACAACAGCACCCUGGGUCUGGAUCUGCAUGUGAAUGGCAGGCAGCGCCGUAAAGCUAAUGCGUAAACACUCCUUAUCACAACACCAUUAUGCGCGGGUUCAAUCUUUAUCUCCUCUGCUGAGGAUCUCGUGUGUGCUCGUUAGGUCUACAGGAUAUGUUGGAAGGCGAAUGUUAGUUGGAAGACUUUACGGGCUUGCCAACUGUUUAUGCGCUCUGGUGCAGGCCCGAGGAGAGGCUUACUGGAGGUUUCUGUGGGGAGAAGAAGGGAGCCAGACAGGCGACAGUCAGCACUGUCUUGGCCUCGGGGCAGAGGCAGGGAGCGAGCAUGCGAGCCAAUGAGAAGGAGGCUUGGCUCAGCUCGGCGCGCCCUGUAAUUACGAGCUCUAGUUGGGUUGGGCGCCGCCACGGUGGACAGCCCUGCUGCUGCGUUAAGGGAGUUUGGGAACGCCAGCUCCAGACUGUGAGGACUGCUCAACACUGCUGCUUUACAGUUUAAGAGCAAACACACACAUACACACACACAGGAAAAAAGUCCUAAGAAUGAACGGACAAUCCUCACCUGUCUUCGAGGAGAAGAAACCUUCCCUCCCUGUGGCUGGAAGCUCCAUCUCGGCCACCAAGGAUUCUCCGACCCUGCCGGAGUCUUCAACCACAGACAUGGGCUUCUACAGCGGGCAGAGCGCGCUGCACGGCUCGCAGGAUUUCUACCAGGCGCAGCAGUCGUACUCGGCUCAACACAUGAACCCGUACGCGUACCACCACUACAACGGGAUGGGUCCAGGCGGUGCCUACCCGGUUGGCAAAGCAGAAUACCCGUACCCUCACGCAGCGUACAGAGAGCACGGCGCGUUCAGCAGGGACGUCCAGUCAACGCUGCAGGACGCAGUGAAAGAAGAACCAGACGUGGAGGUUCGGAUGGUUAACGGGAAGCCGAAGAAGGUGCGCAAACCCCGGACAAUCUACUCCAGCUACCAGCUAGCAGUCCUGCAGAGGAGAUUCCAGUCAGCACAGUACCUGGCCCUGCCGGAGCGGGCCGAGCUGGCGGCACAGCUGGGCCUCACACAGACUCAGGUCAAAAUUUGGUUCCAGAACCGUCGCUCCAAGUUUAAGAAGCUCUACAAGAACGGAGAGUUUCCACUCGGGGAUAUUCCUCUUGAACACAGUCCAGACGCCAGCGAUUCCAUGGCCUGCAACUCUCCUCCAUCCCCAGCUGUGUGGGAAAACAACAACAGCAACAGUAACAACAACAACAACAACAACAGCAACAACAACAACAACAACAACAGCAGCAGCAGCAACAACACGAACAGCAGCAGCAACAUCAAGACUAAUGCAAUGAUGGAUCCUACCAGCAGAGGGCAGGGUCCCUAUCAGCCUCCAGUCGAUUCCUCGCCCGCCUGCAUGGGAGAUUACACACACCAGAACUGGUACCAGCAGCAGGGUGGACAUUUAGGUCUGCCACAGACGGGCCCGACGCACCACACACCAUCAACAGCACAGGCAGCCACGCAGAGCAUGGGAGCCGUCUACUGACGCUGAACACACAGACACACACAUCAGUGAUGUUUCACUGGAGCCCAGCGCUUAAACACAGGGGGUAUUUUUUCUUUUUCUUUUUGUUGGAUGAGUGCUGAAACACCUGACAUUGAUCAUCAGACACGAGUCAUGACUGUAAAAACCUGACACACGUGUUGUAAAACAGGCUUCUCUACAGUAAAUGUGGAGUAAAAACAAGUGCUGGCCUUACAUAACCAUGUCGUCUUCAGCUCUCGAGUUUAUGAACUCAUAACAUUGAGGUUAUAGCGCAGAUUAGGGUGAUGGAGGUGGGUUUUAUGCUGAGACUGAUACUGAUUUUGAAUAUUUAAUAUUUUGACCAUAUUUAUACCAAAGCUGCAUUGAUUCAGUCAUUCCCUUAAAAGGUUCUCCUAAAAACAGGCCUCACACUGCAUCUUCACUCUAAAACCCAAUACUACUGAGAUUGUUCUGGGCUUUGCAGAAAAUCCGAGCCGACCACGCCAGCACGGGGAACUUUAGGCUACGCAAGGCUUUAAAUUUGAAAAGUGUUUGAGGUAGCUGUGGUCAGAGGUGAACAACACUGAAAGGCUGAUAACCUUUUAAAAUAAAACAUCAAUAUGCACCAGGAGACAAACUGUGGAGGGACACUGAAAAGAUCCCUGAGAGGGAUUUAGAAUCUAGGUUCCACGAGGAAUAUAAUGUGAGAACAUCAUCAUCAUGGAUCCAGUGGAUGAUUUGCUUCUGUACUUCCAACAUAUAUUAUUUUACCUUUCCAAUCAAUGUUUGCAUCCAUAUUUUUUAUUUUUGUCUAAAGGGUUUUAUUUUCUAUGAAAUGCACCUGAAGCAGAUAACAGCAGGAGAACUGUUUGCGAACUGUGUCAGCUCGAGCUUGUGCUCUCGCUGUUGAAGUGAGGCUGGGAUUAAAAAAACAUACAACAAUGGGCAGGAGUGUCACGUUGUACGAAGCCUUUUGUGGCUUGUGUUCUGAUGUCUCCUAAUCUGUGCGAACAGAAAAAAAAACGCCUCAUGAAGUUACGUAUUUCACACAGGCAUCUGCUUCAAAGUCAGAUCCCAGGACAUGUAACUGUAACUGAUGUGCUUUUAAUUACUUGUCUGUCAUUUGUCAGCGUCUCUCCGACACGUUUUUCAAAAUAUUAUAAUAAUGUCGGCAUCCGCAGUCAUUUGGCAGAUUGGCCCUUGGCGUUGGAGGACGAUGUCGCAGUGAUUGAAAGAAAACAAAAGGGCGAACCUGUUUUUCUGCUGAUGAUUUCUGCCAAUAAACCCGAUGUUGGACAAGAGAGAGGCACAAGGUAACAAAUAUGACAUGUUACAUCCUGAAGUAUGUGCAGCAGUCAUAAAAUUCAGUUCAGAUCUGAGCCAGGCAGUGUGUAGCUGAAAUGUCGAUCUGAUAAAUUAGAAUCAAACACGGGGCUCGACGAACAUUUUGUUGAUCUGUUUAUUCAUUCACAAUAUGAUCACUGAGAACUUUGCCUCCUGUGCAACUUAUACUCUGAUUAUAGUAAUCCGUCAAACAGCCCUCGGGGGAUUCAGUCUCACUUUGAAAAAGUUGUGAGAUUCACGAGAGACACAUUUAAAAAGAAAAAACAGGCAAAAUUGAAGUUGAAGUAUUAGCCAAGCUCCAAAAACACUGCAUCCUACAACUCCCAUAAUGCAACCUGGUAGCAUCUUUUAUUUAGACCCUCCUUGCUUGACAAAAGGCCACGUCUUCAAACUCCAUGUUAACUUUUUAACGCAGGCUUUUUGUCAGAAAUUUGAAAUCUCCGACCCUAAACCGAGCUGAUGAUGUCACUACGACAUGGUAUCGCCAUGACAUCAUCAGCGUAAUUUUCCCAGACUCGACAAAGCUCCUCCAGAGAGCCACAGAAGACGUCACAGAGCCUGUUUUCACAGGCUGCCGUACUGACGGGUAAAUUGAUCCUCAUGGGUAAAAUUGUUGGAGUUGGCCCUUUAAGUCCUGAUUACAAACACACUCGAAGGCCCCGACCUUUAAAAUAAGCAUCUAGAGCGAGCUGGUGCUAAAACAUCGAGAAAGAAGUUGUAUAUAUUCUGUUAACACACGUGCUGUACUCAGGUCUUUUAUUUAUAGUGUCAACUUUAGAUCAAAAGUGGCACGGCGGUCUGUGCCUUAGCAUUUUUAUUGUCAGAAAAUUAUAACAAAAAAAAUAAAAAUGUCUAUAUUU